CGAAGAAGAAGAGGUGGGAGGAAAAAAAAAGUGUUGUUGGGGCUUGGCUGUGCUCCCCCUUCGCCUCGCCUCGCACCCGCGUCGCCAUUCCAUCCCCGCACCGGAUCUCGCCGCCGCCGUCGACCUCGUCGGCGCCCGGGUCGUCCUCCUCCGUAGUCUCCGGCGGGGCGUCCCUGAUCGGCUGACUCCGGCGGGUCGUGUCCCCGCCCCCUCCACCCCCCCCCCCCCCCCCCCACACACACACACACACCAGCGCGCGCGUCGUUGAGGUCAACGGCGGUUCGCCAUGGCGGACCUAGCUUCCACCUGCAAGGAUAAACUGGCCUACUUUCGCAUAAAGGAACUGAAAGAUAUCUUAAAUCAGCUCGGCCUGCCAAAGCAAGGAAAGAAGCAGGAUCUUAUUGAUAGGGUAUUGGCACUGUUAUCUGAUGAGCAAGGUCAAAGGCAUCAUGGAUGGGGAAGGAAAAAUUCUGUUACAAAGGAGGCAGUGGCAAAAGUUGUUGAUGAUAUAUACAGCAGGAAAAUGCAAAUCCAAUGUGCUCCUGACCUAGCUACUAGGAGCCACAGUGGAUCAGAUUUCAAUCAUCUCAGGCCUAAAGAGGAAGUCAAUGACUCCUCCCAGCCAGAGACUAAGGUCCGCUGUCUUUGCGGUAGCACAUUGCUAAAUGACAAUAUGAUUCAGUGCGAGGCUGAGCGAUGCCAUGUGUGGCAACAUAUGACUUGUGUGCUUAUUCCAGAUAAGCCUACGGAGGGUGUUAGCCCUGAAGUUCCACCUCAUUUCUACUGUGAAUUGUGCCGACUUAGUCGGGCAGACCCAUUUUGGGUCACCACAGGAAACCCAUUACCCCCUCUGAAGUUCAUGUCAUCUGGUGUUGCAAAUGAUGGAACAAGCGUACUUCAAACUGUGGAGAAAAACUUCCAACUUUCUCGAGCAGAGAGGGAAGCAGUUCAGAGAUCAGAAUAUGAUCUCCAGGCUUGGUGUAUUCUUAUGAAUGACAAAGUUCAGUUCAGGAUGCAGUGGCCCCAAUAUGCAGAAUUGGAAGUGAACGGUAUUCCUGUACGAGUAGUGACCAGGCCUGGUUCUCAAUUACUAGGCUUAAAUGGACGGGAUGAUGGGCCACUGAUAACCACAUGCAGUAGAGAAGGCCCUAAUAAAAUCUGCUUACGGAGGGUUGAUACCCGAACAUUUUGCUUUGGAGUACGAGUGGCUAGGAGGAGGACUGUUCCUCAGGUUUUAAAUUUGGUUCCAAAGGAAGCUGAAGGUGAGUCUUUUGAGGAUGCUCUUACUCGUGUUCGGCGUUGUCUGGGAGGUGGAGAUACUGCAGAGAAUGCAGAUAGUGACAGUGACUUGGAAGUGGUUGCUGAAUCCGUUACAGUCAACCUUCGUUGCCCUAAUAGUGGAUCCAGAAUGAAGACUGCUGGAAGGUUCAAGCCUUGCGUCCACAUGGGUUGUUUUGAUCUCGACACUUUUGUUGAACUGAAUCAACGUUCCCGCAAGUGGCAGUGCCCAAUAUGUUUAAAGAACUACUCUCUUGAGAAUUUGAUGAUUGAUCCUUACUUCAAUCGGAUUACUACUCUGUUGCGCAAUUGCAGUGAAGAUGUCAAUGAGAUUGAUAUUAAGCCUGAUGGAUCUUGGCGUGUGAAAGGUGAUGCAUCGACAAGAGAAUUAUCUCAGUGGCAUCUGCCUGAUGGCACCCUUUGUGUCUCAAAGGGAGAUACCAAACCUGGUGUGGAGAAUUUUAAUGAACUCAAGAUAGAAGGUACUUCUGAUGGUCACAAAAGUUUAAAACUUGGAAUCAAAAGAAAAAAUGGAAUCUGGGAAGUUAGUAGCAAAGUAGAUGACAAGAAGCCUUCUGUUGUAGGAAAUCACACCCAGGACAAUAUUAUUUUCCGAGCUCCAAACACUUUUCCUAUGAGCAGUAGUCCUACUGGGAGUUACAGAGACGGGGAAGACACAAGUGUGAACCAAGAGGGCAGUAUGCAUUUUGAUUUAUCAUUAAAGAACGGUCAUGAGUUUGACAGUUUUCCUCCCAAUUUUGGUCAAACGUAUAAUACAGAGGAUACAUCGCAGCAACAACAUAAUGUUGGGGAGGUCAUUGUUCUUAGUGAUUCUGAUGAAGAGAACGAUGCAAUUGUUUGUCCACCAACUAGUUAUGACAAUGCUACUGCAAAUGACGGUGGUUUUCCUUUUGCCACUAAUGGUGCUGGAUUUACUGAAAGAUACCAAGAAGAUACUGGCGUUGGUACUAGUAGCCUUCCUUUACUAAGCGACCAUACUGAGGGUUUUGAGAUACCUAAUUGGCAACUGCAUUCUUAUCCUCAACCGGAGCAAGCCUUCCAGUUUUUUGGGAGUGAUGGUGAUGCAGCCAAUACUUUUGUUGGUUCGCAUUCCUUUACCAUUGCACCAAACGAGUAUUCCCUUGACUGUAAUGUUGGUGUAGAGCAGGCUUCUGUAGCUCAUGAUCUUCCAGUUUGCCAAAAUAAUAAUGAAAUGCAUGGAAGCUUGGUUGAUAACCCUUUGGCUUUCGCUGGCGAUGAUCCUUCUUUGCAAAUUUUUCUUCCGAGCCAACCUUCCUCCGUUCCUCUUCAGGAUGAACCAAGUUUGAAUGUGUCAAAUGGGGUUCAGUCUGAUGAUUGGAUAUCUCUUACGCUUGCGGCUGGCGGAGGUGGUAAUGAAGAGUCUGCACCUGCUGAUGGCUUAAAUCCGCAGCAACACAUUCAGUCAAAAGAGACCGGAGGGGAACCAUUAAUUGAUGCCGCUUCUGCACUUCCGAGCACAAACAAUGACAGACAUAGCGGAUCUAAUUUGAAUCCAAAAAGGAUUGAAAAUAUAUUUUCUCAUCCUCGCCAGCCUCGGUCUCGGUCUGUCAGGCCUCGACUUUGUUUAUCAAUAGACACUGAUUCUGAGUAGCUUGGACUUCUAAACGGGAUUGCUGAGUUUGCAUUAAUUUGACAAAGCUGCCUUCCAGAAAUCCUGAUUUUGACUGAGGGUUAGCAGUUUCUUCUGGUUGAUGUAAAGAGGAACAUUGGCGUAGAUGCUUUACGGUGUCAUCUGGUUUACAAGGCUCCAAGUGAAUUCAUAGGGAUCACCAUUGAGGACUCUGAUGGUUGUUAUAGAAAGAAACAUCUAACAGGAAUCAAGGCUUCCUGUGGAGCAGUUUGUACAUCUUUUCUGACUUUUACUGGACAUACGGAAUAGGGAGGCCAUCCCUGGAUGCAAAACUGUACAUGUGGAUGUUCGUGUGUACCAUCAUUGUAUUUAGGGUUGGAGGCACUAACUUAGAUGUUUAUCACCCUUGAUAUUUGGUGGAAAAUAAAUUAUCUCCGGAGUGGUGGUCGAUAAACUGUUGGUUCAUCUGUGCUUUGCGAAAGCAUGAGAAGUGCAGGGUAUUCCAAGAUUUCCCAUGCUUUCAUAGCCUUGGGUUGAACCAAGAGGUGCGGUAAGCAAGCUUGACUGGGUUAAUUAUCUCGCAGACAGGUAAGCACGGGCAAUUCUACCUUGUAUCGUUUCACUGCUGUUGUCGUGAUGGUUAUACGAGGCAGACCUGUUAAUUUCCGAGUUUGCCUUCAUGGAAGUUAUAGACCUGCUUGGUUGUGAUCUUCAACAGAGUUUGGACCCAGUUUUGGGGUUACUUUGUUGUUUCCUGUGACCUGGUUCAAUUGUAUACCCUUCAGUUGUAACAUGGAUCCUGGGCAGCGGAUGGUAGGCAAUGGCAUGUAUUGCCAGAUUUUGGGUACCU